GUGUGAAAGGGGUACCUCCUGCUAUAGACAGUGAAAGAUAUUGUUAGAAUGUUAGUGCUCUAGCGCCUGUAACGGCAGCUUGCACUAUAUGCUUCCCAGGAAGCUGAGAAAGUUCUAAAUUGAUAUAAGGUCUGCCGGGGUAAUAAUGUACAUUGAUUAUUGUAAAGCGCUUUGAGCAGCAUACGCUGGAAAAAGCGCUAUAUAAAACCAAUCAUCAUCAUUAUUAUCAUUAUGGUAUUGCAAAGUUAUUAGAGUAAGAUUUCUCAAGUGAUAUUAUACUAAUUAAAUUCAAAUAUGAUUAUAUACUGUAACAGUAUAUUUUUCAAACUUUUCGUAAUUUUGAAUCAUGUUCAUUCAGAGACAUCUUUAAAAAAAACACAAAUGUAAAUUUGCGAGUUUGCUAAUAAAAUUUGGUUUAAGUGUACUGUUGAUUUAAUUUUGUAUAAAUGUUAAAUAAAUGACAAUUUGUUAUUGGCCAUGAUCAAUUUAUCUAAAUCAUUAAGCAUGGAAGUCUUACAGUUAUUUUUAAAAGAGGUUAUAAAACUUUUAUUGUACUGAUACUUAAACUUGGCUACCGGUAUGUUUGUUUGGAGUACAAUUCUGAGCAAGCUUCGAAAUGUACGAAAAAAGUCUCGAGGAUGCACUCCAUUUGAGUGUGAGAAUGAUUUUAUUGAAGUUUUAUAACCUUCACUUUUGAGUAUGAGUACGAUUGAGAGCACAGAGCUUAAGUCUGAAUAUGAAAACAAGCUCAAAAAAGUUUUAUAACCUCCAAGCCAGAAAUCUUUCAAUUGCCUACGUGAAGGAUAACUAUUUUAUUAGGACCUAGCUCUGGAAAUACAUGUAGUUCUUAAUUGCUUCAACUUUCAGAAAAGAACAGUUACCCCACUGCCGCAAAUCUAUUGAAUAAAUGUACAUAGUUAUGAUACCCCAAACCUAGACAAUAUUAUUUCUUCCUAGCGAGUGAAUCCGAAUAUUUUUCAUUUACGAAUUCAGAUAUUUUCUCCACAUUUACCCCUGAUGAAUUUUCAGACUUUGGAUCUAUGGUUCCCUCUAAUCAUUUCAAAAAUAUUUGUCAAGCAACAAGUCUUCGAUCAUUCAGAUACCACUUAGCUGUUGUCCAGUCCACAUCACUGCCCUAACAAAGUUAUCUCUCUUUGCAAAAAUCUCUUCAACAGAAAUCAAAGUGAUCUAUAUAACAAAUCAUUUUUUGAUUGAUUGAUUUUUUAUUUUUUGGUUCUUGUUUUUGUUUUCUUUCUUUUUUCUGUUUUUUGGUUAGUUUUUUUCCUUAUCAUUGUGAAUUUAUAUUCAAUCAUUUUGAAUGUCUUAAAUAAUACUACAAAUUUUUAUCAAAGUUUAAUUUUUAUUUUGUUGUCCUGUGGGACUGAGGGACGGGUAAAAAAUCUGAUGCAAGGUUUAAAAAUCUUCUAUUCUUUGGGUCAUCUAACAUACAAACUGUGUGCAGAAAGGUAGCGAUCAGCCUGCCUUUCAAUGAAAUGCAACAAGCGAAGAUUAAACCUAGAUAUCUUCUAAUUCUUUUUGAUGUUUGUAUAGUAAUGUACUGAACAUCCAAUAUAUACAUUUGUAAGACAUUUUGAUUUUUAUAUAAACAAUGCAGUUUUUUUUCUCCCUGAAAACACUUAAAAAUGGUAAAACUAUUAUGUAUCUGAAAUCAAUAAAUAAAUGUCUGAAUUAAUUUUAGUAUUGAUCCUAAUUUGCUGUUACUGGUAUUAUCAGCUCACCUGUGUUGAAAACUAAAAAAAGAACUAACCUUAAAUCUGAAAAACUCACUUGAGUUGAAAAUGCAAAUGAACUCACUGAAAACUGAAAAAUUUGUCUCACCUGAUAGCUCAAAUGAACUCACCUACAUGUAAACUGAAAAUUCACCAGAGCUGAAAACUCUAGUGAGCUAAAACUCCUCGCUUAAGCUGAAAACUGUUUGUCAUUUUUUUUUUUUUAUACUUUUCACAAUUCUUACUUCACAAGAGCUAAAGGACCAAUUUCAAUAAAACUUGGCACAAAAUUUCCUUAGUUUAGGGAAUUCAGGCUUGUUCAGAUGAAGGGGCAGUUCCUUCCAAAGAAAGAUAAUAAAAUGAAUAUUGAAAAUAAGGUGUCAUGUUUAAAACAUCUUUUCAAGACCCAUUGAACAAGACAUUGUAAAUAUUGAUGUUGAUGUCAGUGAUUUUCCUACACCCAAAUCAGGUCCAAAUUCAGGUCUCCUCCUCAUUAAAAAAUUUCCAAUUUUUCCCCAGUUGAAAUUGCCUCCCCCUUCACAUAUAGCAAACCUACAUGUAUCUUAUGAAAAUUUAGGUAACAUAACUGAAAGUGUUAAGAAAGAGAAAGUUAAAAAUGUAGAAUUGUGACUGUGAUAUGUUAUAGCAAAUUAAUUGACUAAAUGAUGUUAAAAUUACUUAUAUAUUUACACAUCGAUUAAGGUUAAUUAUUAUAUUAUGUUCUAGAUUUUUCCCAAUAUCAUAAAAAUGUCGAUUAUUUUCCCCAAUCGUAAAUGCCCAUUAGAAAAAAAAAACCCACUGGAUGUGGACGGGGAACCUGGGAGGGGUUACACAACAGGAAUUAAGUUUGACAUUGGAUUAUCAAAAAACAGGGAUUCAAUUUGUCAUAUUUAUCAGUAUGUUCACAACAUGACCUUGAAGCCUGCUUGGCAUUAUAUGGCCACAAUUAAACUGACCUCUGUGGACUGGCAUUGAGUGAUGUGAGAGAAAAGCCAUUCCACCUGAUUUCCUCUUAGGCCUUCAAGUGAAUGUCUAUCAAGUGUAUAAAAUAAAAUAUAUCUGGAGUAGUAUUUAUUGACUUAAGCUGACAUUACAAAAUGUACAAUUUCUUCAUUCAUAAAUACAUGUAUGGUUACCUAGGUACAGGGCAAAUUAUGUCAUACAUAACAAUUUGUGAAUCUGGUAGUACAGUAUUUUGAAUUGAGUCAUGAAUUCAAAUUACAUGCUUAUAUCCAUGGACAUUUACUGUGCCAUAUCACAAUUGAAAAUGAUAGGACUAUCUCCAGUAUGUUUUUGCAUUUUCAAAGCAUCCAAUAUUUUAAUAUCUCAUUCAAUUCAAGUUGUCAAUGAAUGUAAAAUAAUAUCUUUUCAUACUGUGAGUGCAUGUAUGUCAAGAAAAGAAUAAAGGGCUGUUGUGACCUGAUAAUCCACAUACUGAACUCUCGUGCAGUUAUCCACAAACUUUACCGUACUGCAUUUAUAGAAACUUACGGCAAUAAGUCAAAGGAAAUAAUAAACCUCCAGAUCAUUACCUCAGAUAAUCAUCUGAUCUUAGUCACUGCAAGGGUCGUACUGUAGACACGGUGUGACCGAUCACUCAGUGAUCCGUGAAAUGACCAGGAGGGAAAACACAAGGCAUAUAUACACGGUUAAUACACACGAGAUGCGUAUGUAUGUAGCUCAGGUAUUUGGUGUGUGCCUAAGAUCAUUACACCUGAUACAGACAGUGGGCACAGCCUGCUAGUGCUGCCACAUUCCUCUGAUUAGUGGAGAUCUGCUCUUAUUUACACACUUUUACAACAGAACCUUCAAAUAAACUGAUGGGAUCAAAUCUAUACAGUACAGUGAGGCAGGAGGAGACAGAACUGGGGAUAUGAGGUGUAGAUCGCUGUGUGGAGGGGGAGCCUUCUGUACCUGUAGUUAUUUUUCCUAGGAAGUUCUAUACCAAGAAUAUUUCAGCGACAGGAUUAGUUCUUCCUCAUGUCCAGUUAACAAAACUCUGUGAUGCUUGUCAAAAGUACAAGUGUGUUAUUAUCAAGCAGACGAAGCUGACAGGAUGCAGGGAGUUGGGAAGUGUUCAAGUACUCCUCACCUUUUAUCUGAACGCGUGGAACCCUGUGUAGAAUGAUGAGGAAGGACUCUGCCCAGACCCAGCUGGUUUACUCUCGGGUGACGUUGUAUUAUAACUGUAGAAUUGAACUCAAGUGGAAGCGAUCUUUACAUCACUGUGAAAAGUGUGAUUUGAGAAGUGAUUUCAGAGGUUGGGGAACAAAAUGUGGAGCUAUUCAUUUUGGAAGGUGCACACCUGUGACGUAUCCGUUUCCUCAGAACUAUAGCAGACGUAAGGGAAGCCAUCAAAAUGCCUGGAUCCCCGUCGCCAAAGUGUCCCCCACUCGACCUGCUGGCUUCACACAUCACAACAGUUCUCAUAUUAAUCUGCCAAAUUCUGCCAAGGACAUCACCAAAAAGGAAAGUCCGACACAUGACCACACAAAUUCCUCUAUACAGUCCAGCACCAGUCCUGGUGAACAGGACAAGGAAAACAAGCACCUGUCUAUUGUGACUGCUAGUCCUACAGUCAAAACUUUACAAAGUGGGAAAGAGUCAGAAAAAGGAAAGAAAAGGGAAAACACAGUUCAGCUGCACAACAAACUCAAAAUUCCCAAGUUUUAUCAUCCAUAUGGAAAACCUGUGAUAAAUCAGAACAAAGAGGAUUUUCUCCAAGGGGCUCUACAUGAAAUAGGCCAACUGGAAGAUGAGAAAGCCUUUAAGCAGCACAUGAAAACCAUUACAAAGGCAUGCAACCUUCCUCUCUACUGGAAAUCACUGCUUUUUCACGCCAGUGGCGGAGACGAACAGGGAUACAUCACCAAAGACAGCUUCACCUCUAUGUGGCAAAGGGUUUUUCUACCAUGCCAUGAUGAAGCCGCCCAGUUUGUGAAGUUAGCAGCCAAAGAGAAUUGUAACUGUUUGGAUGAGGAAGAUUUCUUCAUUUUUGUUCAGGACGUGGUGGACACUCAUCCAGGACUAACGUUUCUUCAAGAGGCUCCAGAGUUCCAUUCGAGAUAUAUUAACACGGUUAUAGCACGGAUAUUCUACAGUAUCAACAGGUCGUGGUCAGGAAAGGUAACCAUCAGUGAACUCAGGAAAAGCAACUUCUUACAGACUAUUUCCCUUUUGGAACAAGAAGAUGACAUCAAUCAAAUAACAGAUUUCUUUUCAUAUGAACAUUUCUAUGUGAUUUACUGUAAAUUCUGGGAGCUGGACAAGGAUCACGACCUUUACAUCAGCAAGGAAGAUUUAGCACGGCAUAAUGAUCAUGCUGUAUCUCUGAAAGUCAUAGACAGAAUAUUUUCAGGGUCUGUAAUCAAGAGCAGUAGUUUGAAGGAUGGAAGAAUGGGCUACCCAGACUUUGUGUGGUUUUUGAUGUCAGAAGAAGAUAAGAAACAUCCUACAAGCAUUGAGUACUGGUUCCGCUGCAUGGAUUUGGAUGGAGAUGGAGUGAUAUCUAUGUAUGAAAUGGAGUAUUUUUAUGAUGAACAAAUGCAAAAAAUGGAAUCCUUAGGCAUAGAAAAGCUCCCUUUUGAAGAUUGCCUCUGUCAGAUGCUGGAUCUAGUGAGACCAAAAGUGUCAAGUAAAAUUACACUGACUGACCUCAAAAACUGCAAAAUGGCCAACAUCUUCUUUGAUACAUUUUUCAACCUUGACAAAUUUUUGGAUCAUGAACAACGUGACCCUUUUGCUAAUGCAAGGGACUUUGACAGCGACUCAGAACCUUCAGACUGGGAGAAAUACGCAGCAGAGGAAUAUGAAAUACUGGUUGCAGAGGAGGGCUCUAAUGACCAGGAGGAGGUACACUAUGAGGAUGAUUUUGAGCCUGAUGAUGAAGAACUGAUCAAUCAGGAACUGAAGAGGGUUCAGCAGAGUAAUUCAGCCAAAUACCUGGGAGGAAAUGACUCUAAUGGCAGGGACAAUGAUAUCUACGACUUCUCAACGGAUAACAUGGGCUAUUAAAUAUACUCUACAAUCAGUUGUAAUAUCUAUGCAUACCUUUUUUACUUGUGAUACUUCAGUUUUCAUCGAUGCACUCUAUAAAGACAAUUCAGUGUUAGAUUUUGCACUCUUCAUUAUGUCUGUGUGUAGGUGUUGAUGGGCUUUCUAUGAAUAGUUCACGAAUGAAAGCCUCUGGAUAUGUCCUUGUUUGUAGGUUGAAUGAUAGGAUGGAUGCAAGAGAGGUGUGUGGUCCAAUGUUAGAUAUGCAUUGUGUUUUUUAUCUGCAUUUCAAAUUAAACUGUACAUGACUUGGGCAUCUGUUUCAGGGGUAAUAAGCAGUUACUGUAAAACAAAAUGACUGUUAUUUUUAUUUAUAUUAUUUUGACAAAUAUACAGGGAAACAAUGGUGCUCUGGAUCUUGUAUGGAGAUUUGACCUCCGUGUGACUUCGCCCUAACUCCGCCCCCUAUGUGACUCGCUUUGUUUUCCCUCUUCUUCAUAUAUGAAGAAAUGACCAUUACUUUGAACUCAAUCUCAGAUUCCCUUUCACAAAGUUUAUGAAUAUUUUUACAAAUUCUUAUCAAUCAGAUGUUUCCAAGAAGAAAUUAAUAAUAUUAAACUGACAAACUGUGAUCAGAAAUGCCUCUGGUUUAGCGAAAAGGGCAUGUGCACUCUCAUAACUAGUACAUCCGCUGUAUACAAGGGUAACAUUUUUUGCACUGACUACCUGGUGCUGAUUAAGCUCUUUAUCUAUCAAUCAGUUUUGUAAUACUGUAAUCAUACAAUCCACAUCUAAGAAAUACACACAAUAGGUAAUAGGGAGGGAGGAUAGAGUGAGGUCACACAGAGGUCAAAUCUCCAUACAAGUGGAAAUAGGGAGGGAGGAUAGAGUGAGGUCACACAGAGGUCAAAUCUCCAUACAAGCGGAAAUAGGAAGGGAGGAUAGAGUGAGGUCACACAGAGGUCAAAUCUCCAUACAAGCGGAAAUAGGGAGGGAGGAUAGAGCGAGGUCAUUAAUACAAGCGGAAGUAUUGAGAGUGUAUGGUGAAGUAGGAAACAUUUCUUUUCAAUAGCUCAUGGCCUUUAAAAAUAAACAAAAACAAAAUCAUGAAAACUUCUUCACCUGUGUCUAUAUUGUGAUGAAUGCCAAUGUUACUGUUUUAUAGUGCUGUUCAUUGUAUCUCUAUGUCUUGUCUAUUACUUAGAUUGUUCACAAUGAUAAAUGAUUAUAUAAAUGCCAGAAACAUAUUUAUAAUUAUCAUAAGUCUUAUAUAGAUGUCAUGUAGCUCUUUGUUAUAACUUAUUGAAUUCAAUUUAGAAAUGUUAUAUUUUAUCUUUCACUUUGCUGUGAUGUGUGUGUCAUAAAAAUGUUCUGUUGUAUUGGCCUAUAGGCCUAAUGCUGAAAUAAAUUAUCUAAGUUUCCUU